AUGCCCUCAAGUGUGUGGGUAGACUUUCCUCUUCCCCCUCUUUCUCUCUCCACAACCAAAUUUGGCAAGAGACUAAGCACCUCGCCCCCAGAGAAUUUUCGUCUGUACACGGUUGUACAAGAUGUAAAUUCAGUUUUUGUUCAUGAUUUAGAGAUCUCAGAACAAAAUAGGCCUAAGAUGUGUACCUUCAAGCCUUACAUAGAUGAAUGUGGGAAUCGUGGAUGGAAGUGGAAUUGCAGAAAUCGUAACAUUCAUGUAUUGACAGCGGCAUUUGUGAAAAAAUAUCGUGUCCAUGUUGAUUAUGUCAUUCUGCGCCUGCGUAGUCGAUGGAAAGGUGUCAGUCAUGUAGUAAAUAAUAAAACAUUCCCAUUUGAUGCUUUUGUGUCAUACGCAGAAGAGGACUAUAAAUUAGCCUGCAUAACUCUGUAUCGAGAGUUGAUCCGUUUAGGCUUUCAAAUUAGCCUGCCAGAUAAAGACUUUAUACCUGGUUUAUCAAAAGCUGAGCAACUCCUGCAGUGUAUUGAUGAUAGUCGGAAAGUUAUAAUUGUCGUUACAAAAAAAUUUCUUGAGAGUGGGUGGGAUUCCUACGCCGUGCAGAUGGUGGUGACACAUGCCUUUCAUAAUCACAGGCAAAAAUCCAUAAUAGUGAUCAUUAAAGACGGCAUUCCUGUGGAGAGAAUGCCAAAAGACCUGAGAUACAUAUGGUGGUCAAUCAUAAGUAUUCAAUGGCCAGAAUCUGAAGAAAAUAUGAUGACAUUUUGGGAAGAAUUGUCUAAUGCUUUGCGCUCGGAUUAA